CCAGAGCCCCGGCAUCUUUAUUUCAUUGCUGUAGGGUGGACGUCUCCUUGUUUGAAUGAAGGACCUCCAUCCACCACAUAUGCCGCGAAGAUAAUAUUUCUACCUUAAAGAACACAAUCAAGUUCUUGAUAGUAUCAACUAUCACGGUCCGUCGUCUAAGUGGCAGAGUUUUUAUUCUCAUCUCAGCCAUGGAUGAAAACGUCGAGAAACCGGUCUAUGAGAGGUUCCGCUAUCCCCGAGACCUUGUCAGAUGGGUUGAGGGACAACCAGAAGACGCCUCGGUCUCCAUUGCCCAGAGCAUAUUCGAUGACCUUUUAGCUAGGUCGUCUAAUCUAAAAGAGUCUAAGGGCUCUUCGGCUGGUUCUUCCUGCCAGAAGCUUUGCGGAUUUAUCGAGAAUUGCGCCCAGUCUAAGGUGCUGCCGCUUCAGGCAUGGGCUUACUCCCAGGGACCGUGUGUAACGCUCUUCAACUUUUACCUAGAGUGGAAUGAGGUCGAGCAGCACAGAUCUACGAAGCUUGUCCUAGACAUACUUCCGGUUCUCAUCAGGAAAAACCCGCAUGCGGCGACGGCUACCUCCAUCAAAGCUGCCAUACUGGAUACCUCAAUAUCCAUUGUUGGCCCCAAGUCCGCCAAGCCCCUGGUCAAGUCGUCCUUGAAGGCCCUGGAUCAGUUGACUGGGAAAUCAAUUUUCACUGUCGACGAUAUUGCAGCGAGCUACCGCCGCGUUCACUCCUCGAACCAAUGGGACUCUGAACUCGAUCUGUGGAGAGACAUAGUGGGCCAACUCUUCAUUCGAAUGUCUGUUUGGCACAUGCGCGCCGCCGCGGGAAAGUUCAUCGUGACAGUAUAUCAAGCAUUGCGUCGGGCACCGCCGAGAACUCUCAGGGGUGAGCAUGGCGAAGAAUUUUCGACGGAGCUAUGGUUGCAGUGGCUUCGAGACGCCCUUGCGAUGGAACCGUCUCUUCUCGAUGGCAUGAAGAAUUAUAUCUUUCUGCCCGUUUUCAAAGAGGACCGCGUAGAUUCCCUGCGGUUCUUGACACAGUUAAAGCAGAUUGACCCUGUCUCUGCAACGACGGAAGGCGAUGUUGAUCUCCAAGCUUCUCUACGCUUUGCAGCGCUUGAAAUCGGCAAGAAAGUGGGCAUCGUAGACGAGCCUGAUGAUACCCCUUCAGAGGGAAAAAGGUCGGUUGUCCUAGAGGAGACCAUGCUGCGCGGCGUUUUAUCUCACCCAUCUCCUGAAGUGCGAUCUCUCGCAUUAUCGCUUAUCACAUCCUCCAACUCCACGACCAGGCCAUUUUCUGGCACGUCUUUACUUCUCCUCAAGGCAUAUCUCCCACAUCACUUCUCCGACCCUAGUGCCCGGUUCCGGAUGGAUCUGCUCAGCAGGGUGAAGGCCAUGUAUAAACGUGUUCGGGGUGCCAUUUCUGUUAUCGAGCGGACUAUCCAGAAAGCGGAUACAAAGGUCUCGAACACGUCUGCACAGGCCGAGAAGCAAAAGGGCGGAUUAUCUGCCGAGAUUACAAAAGCAUGGCCCAUCGACAGAUUACAGCUGUCGUUGACACAACACAAGGACUUCUUGCUCUGGUUUCUCGAAUUCUUGAAAUCCGAGCUUACACCCACAGCGUCGUAUCAGCGCCACAGCUCGAUCCUUAGAACGACCCUGCUAGUCAUCAAGCUGGAACUGGAUGAUUUCAAGACAUGGGAGACGGACGAGGACGACGUCCCCUUCUUCGCGUCGUUUGAUGCCACAUGGAUCCGUGCAGUCCUAGAUCGGGUCAUAGAUGACUUUGAAGAUGUCAGACAAACCGGCACCGAUGUUUUGAAGUUGCUCUUUUCAGAUACGCGGUUCGAUGGUUCUGAGGGCAUCUCUGUUGUGAUCGGCGACUUCUUGGCGCGAGCACAGGAGCUGUCUACGAGAACCGGCCGGGCUGACCAUGCUGAUGGCGUGGCAAGGUCCUAUGAGCUCCUGUGCAGACUCCGACCAGGACAAAGCGAGCGCCUGGCUGUCGUGUCAGGCCUGGUGGAUCAGCUUGAAACCAAACUUUCCCUUGCAGAGCUUGAUUUAGGACGAGCUGUCUUGGAAGCACCAACACAUGACACUUUUGCCUCUCUCUGUCUCGUGUGGCAAGCUGCGAUAGAAACGGAGUCAUCCGAAGGCGAGGCCGAAAAGUUGAGGACUCUGCAAGAACGGAUUGUGAAUUGCUGCCAGCGCGUCUGGACUGUCGUGAGACACGUGCUCUGUGAUGAUUCCCCGGAGGGUCAUCUGCCUCAGGAGCUUGAAGAAGUGGAUGGCCUCGACACGAAAGACUUACUCAGCUAUAGUUUCCGAGCUAUCCAUGAGUCCAGCAAUCUUAUGCGCGUGAUGGUCUUACCCCUGAAACCCAAAGCGGAAGGGUGGAGAUUCAGACCUUCAGUGGAUGUCUUCGCGGCAGUCGGGUUUCUGACCUUUGAGCAACUGACAUACUUGCGACACCGCGGUGCUUUCACGACAGUAUCCCUGACGUUUGCAACAUGCUGCCAGUUGGUGAAGCAUUUGGAUUCCAUACCAGCCGGACUGUUAGAGAACCAAACUCUGUUGGACGCCUGGUAUGAAGGCAGCCUGAAAUGCAUUCUCACCCACGCCUCUACGACUCGAAGAUCUGCUGGUAUCCCUGCCAUGCUGACCGGUAUCCUUUCGGCAAACGACAAAUCUCCGUCAUUUGACAAAGUCAUAGCAGACUUGGUCCGAAUUGCUAGCAAGGGGGCACGAGUUUCGGAGACGGACGGUUCCAAUCUGCCACAGGUCCAUGCUCUCAACUGCCUGAAGGAUAUUUUCAAGAGCGCUCAACUAACACAGCUCGGCAAAACUGAGGCACACAUCCCCCAGUGCCUCGAACUUGCUGCUGGAUGCAUGAAGUCAGAAGUUUGGGCAAUCCGCAAUAGUGGACUGCUGCUCUUGCGGAGUCUGAUCGACAACCUCCUCGGCACCCAUGAAAGCAAGUCCAUGAUGGACGCGGGGUGGGAUGGCAAGGCGGCGAAGAUCCAUUAUCUUAGAUACCCGGUCCUCCCAGUCGUUCUUCUGCACCUUCUUAAAUCGGGGAGGGGCGCGAUGGAGCCUAGCACCGGCACCAUAGCGGCCGAAGCCGUAUUUCCGGCUCUGGACAUCAUUCGACGAGCCGGUCCUCCCGAGACAUCACGGGAUGAGCUGUAUCAUCUCAUUUCCGAAUAUCUUGGGAGUUCCGUUUGGCAUGUUCGGGAGAUGGCGGCUCGGGCUUUGUGUUCAUUUUUCCUCCGCCACGAUUGGGUGCAAGCGUUGCGAGGAAUCACCAGUGCACCAGGAGAGAGCAGGGCUUCCCCAGCUAACCGGCUCCACGGGGUUCUCCUGACCAUCAAAUACGUUUUCGACAGAUUGACAAAUGUCAUGCCCGAUUUGGCGCGCAGAGAUGUAUCUUGCUUACUAGAUCUGCUUAUCCAGCUCUACGAUGACAACCCUGGUAUCUUUCUCCGUUGUCCUGAGAUUCAUGCCGCUUAUGCGGAGAUCCUCAACCUUGUGUCCGGGCUCGAGGACGGCGCCCAAGUUUCGACCCUUGACACCGGUAGCUCGGAAAAGCAGCCCGAAUUGGGAUCCUUGACGAGAAACCCUGUUCGCGGUGCACUUUUGGACAAGCAGCUCGCCGUUCAGAAAGCAUACGAAUCACGGGAGACAGGAGACGUUGAGCAACUCACCUUGGAAGCGCUCGCCACGGUAUCAUCGAGUCCGGAGGCAAGUGUCGCUAUGCUGGAGGCGAUCCCGAGGCUGUAUCACGAAGAAAUCGACCCCAAGGUUACCGCAAGGCUCUGUCGUCUGUUCAUAGCGGUAUGCCAUGCGACAGAUUCCCCAGAGUCACGUGCGGUUGCUAUAGAGAACCUUGCCAAUAUGGUGGACAGUCUCAUCCGAAACGGCUCGUUAGAUUCCAUCCCCUCUGCGCCCGACUUGGAGGAAGUAUGGGCUGGCAGCUUCAAACGGCCAAUGAAUCCCACCUUAUCCAACGCUAUUCUACGUCUCAGCGGAUGCAUCAUGGCAACAACAUUCCUGAGGGGAGAGGACGGUACGCCCCUUGACCUCACUAAUUGGAGUGCUAUGAUCGUAGACGCUGGCCACGAAGAUCAGCCCUUCGACACUCGGUUUGCAGCAGCCCAGUCGCUCAAGUCCUUCUUCGCUGCCCCCUUACCCGUCUCCCCGACCGACCACCAGUCCUACCUCCCCGCUCUCGUAGCCCUCUACGACGCCCUGAAUGACGACGACGACGAAGUGCGCGACCUCGCCGCUGCAGCCGCCCGCCCUCUCCUAUCCAACGCCAACCUCAUCCCCCUCGAAGCCGCAGAUCGUCUCCUCUCCCUUUUUGCUUCGUCCUUCGGCCACGUCCCCGCAUUCCGUGCACUCGUGGCGAGCCGCAUCGCAGGUUCAGUAUCAGCAGCAGCAGGAGGAGGCUGGACAAAUGUUGCCUCGCCAGACAAGACGGCAUCCACCUGGAAGCCGGCUCCCGACCAGCUCGCAGAGGCACUGCACUUCGACGACGCCCUUUUCGCAGAAGAGGAACAGAACCUCUACAUCGAUGAGGUCUGCGAGUCGCGUCGCUGGACCACUGUCUUCAUUUCCCUCCCGCAUCCGGCGGAUCCGGAUGUUGCCGGGAUCGAUCGCGCCUUGGAGGAAUGGACCGUCGCUGGGUUGGCCGCCAUCCUGGACCACGCGACGCAACACCGCGACGGAGCGCUGGGUUGGACGUCGCUCCCGGCUGCGUAUGCGGUGUGUGCUCGCGUGUUUCUGUCCGCUGUGGCCCUCGUCAAAACCGGUGUCGGCGUGGAUGGGACGGGAUCCGGUGGCGGUAUCGCGGGUCAGCUGGAGACACUGAAGGAGGUCGGUCCCAGACAGGGACUCCACGGGCUGCUCCUCAAACUCUUGGAAGCGUAGCGGCGGUAGUGGCAGGCUAGUCGACUGCAUGCAUUUCAAGGAAGGGGCUGGGCUGGAUCUGGAGUUUUGGGAGGUCGGUCGCAGGUGAUGAUUUACGACUAAGAUAAAUAGACGAGAGCAUGAGGUAUGCGGUCAGGGGGCUACUAGAGGUGGCAUUGGCGGUAUGAGUGUGCUUCGUAUAUUGUGAGGUCCCCAUAAGAUGCCAGGAACCUGUCAUAUCGUAGCCUUCUGGCUAAUAGGGAAGGGGAAUGCCAUCAAUACUGUC